UUCGCCGACGUGGAAGAGGAGUUCCUACAUGCAGCCGAGUUUGGUGACAUUCAUUGUGUGAAGAGAAUUCUCACUGAUUACAAGGAUUUCAACUCAGACUGCACAGACGCUCUUGGACGUACAGCGUUGAGGCUUGCAGUGAAAAAUGAACACCUGGAGAUUGUUGAAUUGCUGCUGGAAAGAGCUGGAACCCACCAGAUCUACGAGGCCGUGCUGCAGGCUAUCAGUGCUGACCACACACAGAUCGCCGAGAGCAUCUUGAAGCAUCGGCGCUACUUGGAGAUGUGGAAGGAGAGGCGGAAGCUCGGCGACACAGACGGUUUUUACAAGACAGCAUUAUCAGACUCGCAGUUCUCCCCGGACAUCACGCCCCUGAUCCUGGCAGCUCAGAAGAACCAGUUCGAGAUUGUCCAGUUAUUGUUGACUCGAGGGGAACACAUCAUGAAACCGCACAAGUUCAGCUGCGGCUGCCAGGAGUGCCGCAAUAAAAUGAAAUUUGACCAGCUUCGACUGGCUAAGUACCGGCUCAACGCCUACAGGGGACUUGCCAGUGAGGCUUACAUUUCACUCUCCAGCGGUGAUCCUAUACUGACAGCAUUUGAGCUGGCUGCCGAACUACGAAGGUUGUCCAGUGUGGAGAAACAUUUCAAGAGCGAGUACAAAAGCCUGGCAGAUCAGCUCAGUGAUUACGUGGUGAAGCUUCUAGAUCGGAUUCGAACUCAGAAAGAACUUGAGCUUGUCCUCAACAAGACUGGAAAACCUGACGAAGAAAAGUUUGAAAGUCUGGCUAGGUUUAAAAUGGCCCUGGACUUUGAAGAGAAGAAGUUUGUGGCUCACCCCAGCUGCCAACAGAGAGUGGUUAGGACCUGGUACAACGGGAUGGGCAAACUGGAGCGGGCUCACUGGCCCCGACGUCUGACGAUGCUGGGGAUGUUCUUGUGUGCCUACCCGUUCUUAGUGCUGAUGCACAUCUUUUGUCCUCACUGCAAGGGAGCAAAGAUUCUGCAGUUUCCGGUGGUGAAGUUCGUCUGCCACGCCAUGUCUUUCAUCUUAUUUCUCUUGCUGAUCGUCGUGUCCACGAUGGAAGCACAGAGCGUCAGCAAGAUUCGUACCCUCAAGUAUACACACUUCUGUACAGUGAGUAACAACACGGUCUACGACGAAGACUUUCCCUUGAGAGCUGACUGUCCUCGAAUCACCGAAUAUUUGAUGAGUUUGUGGAUUAUUGGUAUGGUCUGUCAAGAGUGUAACCAGAUCUAUUAUAAAGGCUUUGUGGAACAUAUGCUGGAUUUUUACAAUCUCCUUGAUUUUGCCGUUUUAAGCAUUUACAUAGCUAUUUUCACAAUGAAAUUUUGGGUGAUCUAUAAGGUCCAAUUGUUUCUUCCUGCAGAUCGUAUCUAUUGGAUUCCAUUUGACCCCAUGAACGUACUAGAAGGAACUUUUGCUAUUGCAAACAUUUUAAGUUUCUUCCGCAUCUCAUAUUUACUGCCGGCUAAUGAAAUUUUAGGACCUCUGCAGAUUUCACUGGGGCGCAUGAUGAAGGACAUUGCUAAGUUCCUGGCCUUGUUUGUGCUGGUCAUCCUAGCAUUCAUGGUGGGCCUUCACAACCUUUUCUGGUACUACAGUGAACGGAAGUUUAUUGAGCUCGACUUGCCCGGUCGACCUAAAGAAGGUGAAGUGCGUGCAGAGAAAAGCUUUGGGGGUUUCAUCGAGACAUUCCGUACGGUGUUCUGGUCGUUGUUUGGUCGCGGGGAGCCGGAAGCUGUCAAGCUUGGAGGCUACAACAAUACAUUCACCGAGGAUAUCGGCUAUAUCCUAUAUGGCGCCUACAAUGUUGCCAUGGUAACGGUGCUGUUAAACAUGCUGAUCGCCAUGAUGAGUCGGUCGUUCACCCUCAUUGCGGAAGACUCAGAUCGUGAAUGGAAGUUUGCCAGGAGCCUUCUCUACAUGGACUACAUCGGUGACGGUGGGACGCUACCGGCACCUCUAAACAUCAUUGGCUUACCCAAGGCUGCCUUCAAGCUGAUCUUCUGUUCGUGCUGUGGCUGCUGCGGUGACAGCGAACCAUCUGAAGACGUAAUCAAUGACGAGGACGACCUUCCACCGCCAGAGAUGUCGCCUGUCCGUGUUAGCAAUGGUCCUGCAGCAAGAGGCUCACCCAGGAGACCACUAGCCAAGGAUAUAUCACUGGACGGCUCAUCUGGGGGUGCAUACCCCGGGGACAACAUGUCUGUCGUGGAUAUGCAGGUCAUCAGCCGGGGCAGCGUGGACGGUACACCCAUCAGAUCCACGCCUCGCAAAGCUCUGCCCGUGGCCUCGCUUCAGGAGGAAGACGAAAAGCUGACCUACCAGCAAACCAUGCAGCGUAUCGUCCAGCGGUAUAUAUUUGACAUACAACGUGAAGCGGAAGUCACUGAAGAUGAUUUUGAUGAAAUCAAGCAAGACAUCUCCAGCAUUCGCUAUGAUUUCCUCAACCAGAUGAGCACAAAGAUAGCCUCGGAGGAUGAAAUUCGAGCAGCGAUGAAAGCAAUACUUCAAGAUCUACAGCUUCUCAAAGAAGAACUUGCGGACAAGACAGAACAACAAUCCAACAACAACGACCAGGUCAGUUCAGGAAGUCCGGAUGAUAAGAAUGAUGAUACCAGCAGCGGGAAGUCACAAGCAGACGUUCAUGUGCCAGCAGAUGCAGACACUGACGAACAGACAGGGGAGACAAAAGACAGUACAAAUGCUGAAAGUGAAGCGACAGUGCCGGCAGAACAUGAAGCCGAAGAUUCCACAUUUAAUCCUCAUUAA